AUGUGUGUGUUGGAUUGGGGUGGCCAUUGGGCAGAUCACCUGAGCUUAGUUGAGUUUGCAUACAACAACAGCUUUCAGGCGAGUAUUGGCAUGGCUCCAUUUGAGGCUUUGUAUGGGAGGCCAUGUAGGACACCCCUAUGCUGGACCCAAGUGGGGGAGCGCAGCAUGUAUGGAGCUACUUAUGUUCAGGAGACGACAGAGAAGGUUCGUGUUGUGAGGCUGAACAUGAAGGAGGCUCAGGAUAGGCAGAAGAGUUAUGCAGAUAGACGCAGACGAGAGCUUGAGUUUCAGGUGGAGAUAGAGUUUAUCUCAAGAUGGCUAUGUUGA